AUGGGGAACGCAGGGAGCAUGGACCAGCACACGGACCUCAGGGGCCACAACAUGCCCCUCAAACUACCUAUGCCGGAUCCGGGGGAACUGGAGGAAAGAUUCGCCAUCGUUUUGAACUCGAUGAAUCUCCCUCCCGACAAAGCUCGCCUGUUGCGGCAGUACGACAAUGAGAAGAAGUGGGAGCUCAUCUGCGAUCAGGAGCGCUUCCAAGUGAAAAACCCCCCUCACACAUACAUCCAAAAGCUGAGGAGUUAUCUUGACCCGGCAGUUACAAGAAAGAAAUUCCGCAGAAGAGUUCAGGAGUCCACCCAGGUGUUGAGAGAACUGGAAAUUUCAUUACGGACCAAUCAUAUAGGGUGGGUGAGAGAGUUCCUCAAUGAAGAAAACAAAGGCCUUGACGUCCUUGUGGAAUAUCUGUCUUUCGCACAGUACGCUGUCACGUUCGAUGGUGAGUGUGUAGAAAACAGUCCAGAGACACUGCUGGACAAGUCCAAACCUUGGAGUCGCUCCAUCGAAGACCUGCACGGAGGGAGCACACUGUCGUCGCCGCUUAGUGGGAACAGUAUCACCCGUGCGGGCCGCCAUUCAACUUUACGAUGUAACACGUUUCCCAGCCGUAGGACGCUGAAAAAUUCCAGGCUGGUCAGCAAGAAAGACGAUGUCCACGUCUGCAUCAUGUGCCUGCGUGCCAUCAUGAACUACCAGUAUGGCUUCAAUAUGGUCAUGUCCCACCUAAAUGCUGUGAAUGAAAUUGCACUAAGUCUCAACAAUAAAAACCCGAGAACCAAAGCUCUAGUGUUGGAGCUCCUGGCGGCAGUUUGUCUCGUGAGGGGAGGCCACGAGAUCAUCCUAGCCGCAUUUGACAACUUCAAGGAGGUUUGUAUGGAGGAGCAGCGGUUUGAAAGACUAAUGGAGUAUUUCAAGAACGAAGACAACAACAUUGAUUUUAUGGUGGCCUGCAUGCAGUUCAUUAACAUUGUCGUGCACUCAGUGGAGGACAUGAACUUCCGGGUUCAUCUGCAGUACGACUUUACCAAGUUGUCUUUGGACGAAUUCUUAGACAAAGUCAAGCACACUGAGAGCGACAAGCUUCAGGUUCAGAUCCAGGCCUACUUGGACAACGUGUUUGACGUCGGUGCUCUCUUGGAGGAUGCGGAAACCAAAAACGCUGCUUUGGAGCGUGUGGAGGAGCUGGAAGAGAACAUGUCACACUUGACAGAAAAGCUGCUGGAUGCAGAGAAUGAAGCUAUGGCAAAGAUAGUGGAGCUGGAGAAGCAGCUCAUGCAGACAAACAAGGACCUCGAGGGCAUGAAGGAAGCCUACAAAGACAGCAGUGGAAAGCUCCAGUCACUGCGGCAAAUCUUGAAGGAGAAGGAUGAGGCCAUCCAGCGGCAAAGCCACCUGGAGAAGAAGAUCCACGAGCUGGAGAAGCAGGGCACCAUCAGGAUCCACAAAAAGGGAAACGGGGACAUCUGCAUCCUUCCUCCAACACCGCCCGCCGCCACUGAAGCGUUGACGGGUACCACAGUGGGCGGAAAUUCCGUCGGCGGAAACUGUGUCGGCGUCUACAAUCCGACACACGUGGGUGGUGUGGCGGGUUCUUCGGUGGCUCCGCCUCCUCCGCCGCCACCAUUGCCAGAAAACGCCCCAUGUAAUUUAUUGAUCUCAUUUCCUCUUACAGUGCCAAACGGACCGUCGGCCACCACUCCUGCGCCAGCUCCUCCGCCGCCUGCCCCUCCGCUGCCGCCACCUCCACCACCACCCCCGCUUCCAACUUCUGCUUCAGACGUGUCAGUUCACUUGCCUCCGCCGCCGCCUCCUGCUGCUCCCCCAUUGCCCGGCUGCGGGACUCCCACUGUCAUCAUCAACUCAGGUUUAGCCGCUGUUAAGAUUAAGAAACCCAUCAAAACCAAGUUCCGCAUGCCUGUCUUCAAUUGGGUGGCACUAAAACCCAACCAGAUCAACGGAACUGUCUUCAAUGAGAUCGAUGACGAGAAGAUACUUGAGGACCUGAAUGUGGAUGAAUUUGAGGAAAUGUUCAAGACAAAAGCCCAGGGUCAAGCGAUGGAACUGGCUAUGAGCAAACAGGUCAUCCAGAAGGGACCCAACAAGGUGACGCUGUUGGAUUCUAACAGGGCAAAGAACUUGGCCAUUACACUGAGAAAAGUGGGUAAGACGCCUGAGGAGAUUUGCAAAGCCAUUCAGCUCUUCGAUCUGCGUACUCUGCCGGUGGAUUUCGUGGAGUGCUUGAUGCGCUUCCAGCCCACGGAGAACGAGGUGAAGACCUUGCGGCAGUUCGAGAAGGAGCGCAAGCCGUUGGAGAGCCUGACGGACGAGGACCGCUUCAUGAUGCUAUUCAGCAAGAUCGAGCGACUCAUGCAGAAGAUGACCAUCAUGGCCUUUGUCGGCAACUUUACAGAGAGCAUAGUGAUGCUCACGCCGCAACUCCAUUCAGUCAUAGCGGCAUCAGUUUCCAUCAAGUCAUCACAGAAGUUAAAGAAGAUUCUAGAGAUCAUUUUAGCACUCGGAAACUACAUGAACAGCAGCAAAAGAGGAGCCGUUUACGGAUUCAAGCUGCAAAGUUUAGACCUGCUUCUGGACACCAAGUCGACUGAUCGCAAGAUAACACUAUUGCACUACAUUGCUAAUGUAGUGAAGGAGAAAUACACACAGGUGUCUUUCUUUUACAAUGAGCUGCACUAUGUGGAGAAAGCGGCAGCAGUAUCGUUAGAUAACGUCCUGCUGGAUGUAAAGGAGCUGCAAAGAGGCAUGGAGCUGACCAAGAGAGAGUACAGCAUGCACGGCCACAACACCAUGCUCAAGGACUUCAUCGCACACAAUGAAAGCAAGCUGAAGAAGCUGCAGGAUGAUGCCAAGAUUGCACAGGAUGCCUUUGACGAGGCUGUGAAGUUCUAUGGGGAGAGUUCAAAAACCACGCCGCCGUCGGUCUUCUUCCCUGUGUUCGUGCGCUUUGUGAAGGCGUACCGGCAAGCCGAGGAGGACAACGAGCAAAGAAAGCGUCAGCAGCAGCUUCUGAUGGAAAAACUUUUAGAACAAGAAGCCCUGAGGGAGGAAGAGCAAAAGUCUCCAUCACACAAGAACAAAAGGCAACAGCAGGAGCUGAUCCAGGAACUGCGGAAGAAGCAAGUAAAAGACAGCCGCCAUGUGUAUGAAGGCAAAGAUGGAGCCAUUGAGGACAUCAUCACGGAUCUUCGGAAUCAGCCUUACAGGCGAGCGGACGCCGUCCGGCGCAGCGUCCGGAGACGCUUCGACGACCAAAACCUGCGACCGAUCAACAAUGGCGAGGUGGUCGUCUGA